AUCAGCACAAAUCAUGGAUCUGAGUGGGCUCAUUAAAUUGAUUUUUUUUUUUUUCCCUUUUCUAUCUCUUAUAGGAGGGAAAGAUGGUGUGCCUUUAUGGGAAAAGAAAUUUUGCACUUCAGUUGGAAGAAUACCAUGGGGGAAGAUAGUAGAUAAUAAGAAGUAUAUACACUUUCAAGAUAAUGUGCUCAGUUGGGAUGAUUCCGCUGGUAAAGUGGCAUUUCAAAAUGCGAAGAAACGUUUUUGGGCAGAGAUCAAUGGCCUUCUCUGUGAUAUCUCUCUGCCUGAUCCAGAUAUUUAUAUUGAUGAAAUAGAUUGGAAUACUAACAUUGAUCCUGAACUGAUUAAGGAAUUGGAUGAAGAGUUGCAUAAUAUGCAACAACAAAAUAAUAACAAUCCUCGUGAAUUUUCCAAUGUGGUGGAUCUUGGAGCUCUGAAAAAAGAAGUAAGGGAGUGGAACCCAUGGGAAUCUUGGGGAAAUGGUGGGGAUAAGGCAUGGGAUGAUUUUGGGAAUAAAGGUAGGAGAUGGAACCAGCAGGAGCCAAAGAAUUUGAAUAAUGGUCACAAUACUUGGGAAAGCCAAAUUGAACAGAAUAAUGGUGCCUUAAAAGAUAGAGGGUGGGGAGAUUGUGAGGAAAAUAGAUGGGGUAGGAAUGAGUGGGAUAAUGGUGACAACCCUUGGCCAGUGAAGAAUAAAGGAUGGGGUGAUUUUGAGAAUAAAGAUUGGUGCUGGAGCCAGAGGGAGCCAAAGAAUUUGAAUAAUGAUGGCAAUACUUUGGAAAGCAGAUUUAGACAGAAUAAAGGAGCUUUUAAAGAUAGAGGAUGGAGAGAUUGUGGGGGAAAUGGAUGGGGUAGGAAUCAGGGGGAUAAUGGUGACAAUCCUUUGCCAGUGAAAAAUAAAGGAUGGGGUGAAUUUGAGAAUAACGAUUGGGGCUGGAACCAAAAGGGGCCAAAAAAUUUAAAUAGUGGCGACAAUCCUUGGGAAAGCAGAUUUAGACAGAAUAAUGGAACUUUAGAAGAUAGAGGAUGGAGAGAUUGUGCGGGAAAUGGAUUUAGUAGGAAACAGUGGGGCAAAAAUAAUAAUGAGUUAAAGCAUCGGGAAUUUACAAGAACUGAUAGGGGAACAUGGAAUGAGGGUAGCUGGACAAGGGGAGGUGGUGAAGCUAGGGGAACCUGGAAUGAGGGUAGCAGGAAGAGGAGAAGUGUUGGAGGUAAGGGAACCUGGAAUGAGGGUGGCCGUAAAAGGGGAGAAUCUCAUCUGUAUACAAUGGAUACCAAAAGCUCUAGGCCAAGACAAUGGUUAUCAAACAGGUCGUUUUUGGAGGAGAGGUGAGAAUGGGCCUUCUUGUUUUUGCUAGUAGAUUUUUCAUUUCGAAUUUUUUGGUAAU